GCGGCGCGCUGGCUGCCAGGGCGCCGCGCCGGCGCGCCCGCUCGGCGCCCGGGCACUGCCGGUGAGGGCGUUCGCGUCCGGCAAGGACAGCGACGGCAACUUCCCCAACUCGUGGACGGAGCCCGAGGGCCUGCUCGAGUGGGCCCAGGAGCAGGAGGCUCAGGAAGACGCAAACAUCAGCAAAGGGAAGGAGGAGGACGCGAAGUUCGGCAGAGAGAUGGGCGAGCGCAACCGGCUCUGGAGGCAGCGCAUCACGAAGGAGGAGCCCGGCUUCUUCGACACCAUCGCCUCGGGCCAGUCGCCCAGUACCCUCUGGAUCGGCUGCUCCGACAGCCGCGUGGCGCCGGAGAACUUGGUUUAUUCCAAGCCAGGCGAGAUCUUCGUGCACAGAAAUAUUGCUAACAUGGUGAUUUCCACAGACACGAACUUGCGCUCGGUGAUACACUACGCCGUCUUCUACUUGAAGGUGAAGCACAUCGUGGUCUGCGGUCACUACGACUGUGGCGGAGUCAGGGCGUCUACCACCAAGUACGAGUACGGCGCGCCCUUGGACAGCUGGCUUACGAACAUCCGUGACGUCAGCAGGCUCCACGCUGAGGAGCUCAGCGCCAUCAUCGACGAUGGCGAGAAGCUCAAGAAGUUGGUUGAGCUCAACGUCACGGAGCAGUGCCUCAAUCUCUUCAAGACCGCGGACGUGCAAAAGCGCCGCGCAGAGACCAACAAAGACGGGGGGUGCUGCUUUCCACGCAUCCACGGCAUGGUGUUCUCCCCCGAAGACGGCGUGCUGAAGAGGCUUGACGUGGAUUUCAGUUUCCACAUGAAGAAGAUGAAGCACAUCUACAACCUGUACGAGGAAAACGCAGAUAGAGGCAUGUGGGCAAGCUAUCAUGGUGCCGUGGAUGAUAUGAUCUGA